AUGUUGGAAGUACCGCUCGGUAAGGCGGACCCUAACCCAUUUCUAUCAAAUGGUGGCCAAGAAAGCAAUCUUCCUCCGAAAUAUAGUCCGGCUGAUACUAGGAAAAAUACACUGCCUUUAUUAGAACCUGGACACGGUAAUCGUUAUAACAACAAUGGUGAUAAUCGGAAUUCUGAUGACAUGAACGAAUCAAACGAAUCAAAUGAAUCAAACGAGUCAAAUGAAUACAACGUGGCCAAUGAAAUUACACCUUUGCUCAAUAGUAGGACUUCUAUACCACAUCAUACAAUCUUGCAACGGAUGUUUAGCCCCAGAUGGUGGUGUUACUUUGGACUUUCCUUACUUAUUACCCUAGUAACACUAACUUGCCUUACUUUUUGGAACAUCGAGAAUGUUAUCAAUGAAGCCAUUGAUGUUCAGAUUUACGGUGCAAAACUCGAGGGUCUUACAGGAAGUGGCGUAGCAGUGCACUUACAAGGCUCGAUUACUUUAAAUUACAACACAAUUGACAAUAGCAAUGCAAUUCAGCGUUCCUUACUAAAGAUGGGCGCAUUUAUGAUUGGUUUUAUUACUAUUUCAUCCUUGGAGCGUGUUCAAAUUCAUGUGAAGCUAGUCGAUGUUGAAACCUGUCCUUUUCUUUAUCUUGCAAAUGUGCACCCACCACCUAUCAAAAUCAAUGUGCGAAAUAAUUCAACUACCGUACUAGAUAUACUGAGUGAAUGUACGUUUGAAGAGAGUCAGUUUUUUCAAUUUCUCAAAUAUUAUUAUCAACUCACGGGAGAUGUGCUUAAUGCUGAUGUGAAGAUAAUAGAGGAAAAAGUUAAUAUAAGGGCAUGGGACGUCAUUAGCUUGAGCCUCAAAAAUGUUGAAUUGCGUGAUACUAUUUCCAUCGACCGCAGCACAAUGAGGAUUCCCCAUGAUGUAACAGUAGAUCGAUUCAAGGUUGACUCUGCUGAUGACGGAGCAGUGGUGCGUAUAGCUGCUGACAUUAUACUCUCAAAUGACCUUGAUUUUGCUCUUGAGUUGGACUCUAUUGUUUGGGACUUGAUGUUUGACAAUUGCGAUAAAGAGUUGGUGAAGAUAGGAUCCUGGACGACUGCACCAUUUAAUAUCACCCAAGGACGUUCCAUCAAUGCAACAGUUUUAGGGGAGAUCAAGAGCGUGCCUAGUAGCCUAAUGGAUGACUGUGCUGAUACGGUUAGUCCCAUUACCCAGAUUGUGCAACACUAUUUGAACGGAGAGCCCAUCAUUUUCUAUCUUCAUAUUAAUAAAGUUGUGCUGGAUAGGUUUCCGCCGUGGCUUCUCGAAAUGCUCAUCAAAAUUCCUCCAGUUAAGUUUGAAAUCAAGAUUCCAAAGUUUGGUACUUUUGCAACACCCAAACACGUAGCGUUGAAGCUGAUGAAUAUGGUUUUCUUGGAAAAUACCAAUGCAAACACGGAUUCUGGGUUGGAGCUCAACCUACAAAGUAACUGUACAAUACAAUUAGAGGAAGAUUUUCCCUUUCCUAUUGAAUUUAAGAAAUGGGUGAUGGACUUUAAUGUUAGUUGCAACGAAAAACACAUUUUUUAUGCGCAAUCAGGAAGCUAUGUAUACUCCUCUAUCUUACAUGAGGAUGGGUUUGACAAAUUUGACAUUGAGAUGGAUGAUCUUGGUGUGGUUAUUGUAGACCCUCGAUCUUUGGGUCAACUCGUCAAUGGGAUAAUGAAUAAUGGAAAAUCUAUUCUUGGUGCUACUAAAUUAUUUGCCAACGCCAGUCUUGGUGGGCUUGAACUCAAAUUGCCGCUUAUUGAGAGGCUUAUACUUUCGCAUCUUGAAAUUUCUCAGUUUCAAGUACCAACUAAGUUUGGUGUAAAAAAGAUGCCGCAAAAACAGGAAACAGUGGCACGACAAUUGCCGCCUUUGGUAAUUGACCAAUUGAACAUCACAAUUGAACAACUAUACUAUAUUGAAUCCAGUCCAAACGAAAUAAACUUCUUGGUAGAGCUUUCCUUAUUCAACCCGUCAAACUUUUCGAUUGAGCUUCCGCUUGGAACUGGGCAAAAAGUGCAUAUAGGAUUAGUCAAAGAUGAUAUUCUUCUUGGGUCUAUUGGGUUGACUAAAGAGAUUUUAUUAACUACUCAAGAGAGGAAUGAGUUGAUCAUUGAGUUAAAAUUGGAAUAUCAUUCUGUUCUGGAGAAGCUACACCUUCAAGACUUUAUAAGUAACUAUAUCUCAUCCGUGUCUUUGGAACGCCCCAAAAAUGUUACAACGAUCGAACUCACUAGAAACUCGGCGUUAAACUACCCUUCGUUAAACAAUUUUUUGCAAGAAAUUAAACUAUAUAACUUGGCUCUUCCAAACGUCACUUUUGAUACACCCGCAAGAAUUCUCGACUCUUCAAUGUUCAUAAUAGAUGUGACAAUACAUAUUCUUGCAUCUGAGGUUGAGGUGACAGUUUAUAACCCGUUGGCCAACGCAGAAGUCCAGCUCGAGAUCCUUCAGUCAUUUGCAAAACAUGGAGAAGUGGUGUUGGGCUAUAUUGCAAAAAGGCAAGUCUUGGUUGUACCUCCUGGUAUCUACACGACACCGAGGAUUCCUUUCAAAGUCAAUAAUGAUGCAGCACGAGAUAUUUUGAGAAAUACACUAAACCGAGAUUUAGAGAUUGAUGUUCUUGCUGACGUUAAUGUGGGUGUUGAUAAGUUUGACUUGAGAUUGAUGUACAGAGGUGUGCAAUUGAUAUCAAAAAUUAGACUAUAA